AUGAACGGCUACAGCUCUCUCAGUGUCACAUCCCUGCACAGUCAGAAACAGCAACAAGUAGACUUUGACGAAGGCGGCGCCGAUAUUCCCGACAUCCCGCUGAAGCGUCCAGUCACCAAGAUGCACCAGGACCGUCCCUUGAACCCGUCAAGGUUCCAAGAGGCCUGGGAGGAUGAUGAGGAUAGGAACUGGACCGCACAUCACGGACAUGGGCCCAUCAAUCCCAAUACCAUAGCUCCUCGGCCAGAUAGAAGCGCUGUCCGUUCUCCUGAAAUUCCCCCAAGAGAAAGAGGCAGAGUUAAAUCUCCCGAGCCUCUCCACGUUCAGCAGCGGCAAAUGUCUUCGAGCCCACCAAGGAGCCCGAGAACGCGGUCUUCGAGGUCCAGGGCCAACUCGACAUCAUCCUCGUACCAAACAAACAACACAUCACUCCCAGCUCUUCAGACCAAAGGCGCUGGCGAUGACGAGAUUCUCGAGCCCUUGGCAGAAGAGGAAGUCGAGCCCGGCUCGUUUGAUCUUGUGGUCCCAUCUCACGGCGACAACGGACAGUACUCGUUGGAAAACCGCUCCGAACUCCUCUUCUCAAAAGACCACCUACAGGCCAUUUUUGAUGAUCACAUACUCCUGCAACGAUUUACCGACUUCCUUCACCAUGCCCGGCCCGACUCGCUACCCCUGUUGACUUACUUCUUGGACUGCUUAAAAGCACUUCGAGCCAUUGCGUAUGCGAAUGCGAUCGCGGGUGGUCUCGACACUUUGCCCGGGCAUGAGUUCACAAUGGCAAACACGGACAACACAAUCAACAGCUCCCUGAGGAAGAAGGCCGAAGCAGCUUUCGACGUGCUCGUUCAGCAAGAUCUUCCGGCCUACAUCACCCAAACCUGGAUUCAGACCGUCAGCGUGUCCAUCAAGAGACGUAUCACAGGCACCCUUCCAGUCCAGCUCAGAGAAAUGUCCGAGGGUUUGGCAGAAGUGUUUUGCUUGACGGAUCCUUCGAGAAACGACAACCCCAUUGUCUUUGCUUCUGAGGAAUUUCACCGCACGACUCAAUACGGCAUGAACUAUGUCAUUGGCCGCAAUUGCCGUUUCCUUCAAGGUCCAAAGACCAAUCCCUUCAGUGUACAACGUAUCCGUGACAAGAUUCUGGCUGGAAAGGAGCACUACGAGACCUUCCUCAACUACCGCAGAGACGGCUCCCCAUUCAUGAACCUCCUCAUGGUGGCGCCGCUCUACGACAGUCGCGGCACAGUCCGCUACUUCAUCGGCGCCCAAGUCGAUGUCUCCGGUCUCGCCAAAGAAAGCUCGGGCUUGGAUGCCCUUCAGAAUCUAGUUGUCGAGAAGGAGGCAGCCGGCACCAUCAACGGCCAAAACCAGCAGCAGCAGCAGCGAUAUGACAAUGAGGAAGAAAAGGACGAGUUCGAGGAGCUCAGCGAAAUGUUCAAUAUGAACGAACUCGAAACCGUACGCAGACGCGGCGGAAACAUGCACCGCGUCCCGCAAGACGAAGGCCAGGCCGCAUCCUCGACAAACUGGCAAAAGCCACGCAUCCUAAUCCAGGACGAAUCUUCCUCUGUCCACCAAUCCAACCCAGCCGUGCCCCUGACGAGCGGCAAGCUUUCCGGCGUCUACGAGCACUACCUCCUCGUCCGGCCAUACCCUAGCCUCCGCAUCCUCUUCGCCUCCCCUUCCCUCCGUCUCCCGGGAAUCCUCCAGUCCAACUUCAUGGACAGGAUCGGCGGCUCCAACCGCGUCCGCGACGGCCUCUCCCAGGCCUUCGCCGACGGCCACGGCGUCACCGCCAAAGUCCGCUGGCUGACCAAGUCCAACAGCGAAGGGCGCGUCCGCUGGAUUCAUUGCACGCCCCUGUUGGGCAGCAACUGCGCCGUAGGCGUCUGGAUGGUCGUCCUCGUCGACGAUGAGUCCGAGGCCGGCAUGAAGCGAGGGAACCAGGCGCCGCCCGUAGACGGCCGGCUCCGAAGGGCCCCCGGCAUCGCGCAGCAAUUCCAGCAGCAGCAAGCCGGAUCGCAACACCGUCCCUCCGUCGACGACAAAAUGUCCCUGUCGAGCUUCGCUGCCAUGAACCGCGCCCGCGACGAGGUCCAGGUCGACGCCCCCGCCGACUUUGACGUCGACGUUCCCUCCGAACGCCCCGGCAGCCGCGCCAGCCGCGCGAGCAAGUCGAGUCGGCUCAGCCGGGGUCCCGUCAGCGCGCAGCGUCGGCCUCUGAUCCCGGGCGGGUUCGAUGACCCCGACGGAGGGCCAUCCCGGCCUGCGUAUACCGUAAGGCUGGAGGAGGAUUAG